AUGGAUGUCGAAGCGCUGCUGCGAAAGAGGUCUUCCGAGGUGUCGAUCGAAGUGUUUGAUCCUGAUCACUAUCACUUGCUCGUCAAUGCUAUUCAGAACAUUCUUUCAACAGAGCUGGCUGAGUUGAGCAUAGCGCAGCUGAUUGAUGGCGUUCCUUUGAUGAUGUGGGUCUUUGAAGGCCGCGAUGUCUACUCGAGAAAGGCCACCCAUUGCUUGAACACGAGAAUCUUUGUGAGGGUGCCCUUGAUCAAGCGCGCAUCCUACAUUGUGGUACACUCUAACUCACCCACCGGGCAGAUCAUGCAAGCAUAUCAGAUUUCUGAGAUUGGGUUAGGGGAGUUCAAGAUGAGGUUGGUCGAACUGACCGCCGUCGCGGUACACAACCUAGCGGUUCUUGUAUACCAAGGACAUCCAAAGUUUCACAGCCAGGAGGAAAUCGACAAAACUGUAUCCUGGACAGUUCCGCCUCGAUGGAUAGAGGACGAUGGACUUAAACUGCGCUGGGAGAAAGUCAUUGAACCCCACCCAACACUCUUCUAUCGUAUUGAUUAUCUCGAUCAUGACCGCUACACCCAUGGUCUUGCCGAUGUAGUUGGCUACUGGGCAGAGGAUCGCAAUUUUGGUGGUGUCGUUCUGUUUGAGAAAGGCGACUAUCCAGAGUUACAGGAGGCUUUUGAUGAACUCACAAACUAUGAAUCAGAGGAAUCCUUCGUCGUCACUCUAGAGUAUGACGAAAGGGGCUUGCCAAUUGUCACCAAGAGCCCUAGGGACCCAGGGGCUUCAGAAGACAACAUGUCCCAGGCAUCAAGUGGCAAGCGUAGGAAACUUGAAGAUGGAUCUGGAAAAAUACCGCCGGCGCCCUCUGAAUUACUCUUAGUCUCGCCGCCUUCACUAGGCUCACCACCCCCUUUGGACUCUCCGCCGCCCCUUAGCUCACCUCGUCUUUGCUCGGCAGAACCACUGGAACUAUCAUCUUCACCCGACGCAAGAGAAGCACCAGGCUCAGAGAGCGUCUCGCUCCAUGACAAGGAUGCCACUGCAAAUGUUGACAUUGAGUCCAAGGAAUAA